AUGAGGCUUCCGCUCCUUUCGGCGAAAGCCCUUAUCAUUCUCGGGCUUUCUUCUCUAGUGCAAGCUGUUUUUCCCGAUGAAGUUGGGACAAUCGACUUCCAUUACGAUCUCCUAGGCGUUCCCCAGCCAAGCACCACCCUCUUCCAUAGACCUAGGAAGGCCGAAAAAGCGAGCCUACUCUAUACCUUGAGCGAUGUCGGUAUUCUCGGCGCAGUCAAUCCGAGCAACGGUGCUGUUGUCUGGAGACAGCAUGUCACAGGAAAUAUCACGACUGGCGGCGGCUUCCUACGAGCGGGCGAUGGCCAAACCUGGCUUUGUAGUGCCUAUGGUAACUCUGUCCACGGAUGGGACGCUCUUACGGGACGGAAUACAUGGUGGAUGGAUUUCGCCGGCGAGAUCAAAGACUUGGAGAUACUGGAGGUGACGGAAGAGGGACGAAAGGAUGUCUUGGUCCUACUGCAUGAGGCUGGCGCAACUAUCGUGCGGCGGCUUCGGGGAGAUAAUGGUAAUGUUGUGUGGGAAUCGAGGGAUUCUGGAAAGGACAUCCCCCUCCAGGUAUCUACGAAUAUUGAAUCGGUGUUUGCCGUCAGCUUGCACGGCAGCCCUUACAGCUUGAAGUUCUCGGUCCUGGAUAUCAAGACGGGCAAGCGAACCGACGAAAUCAUUUUGGGAACAAACGGCGAAGUGCAAUCUCCUGAGGAUGUCAUGUUUGUCGGCUCGAACUCUGCGGCUCCAAUCAUUGCAUGGGCCGACCCGUCCAUAUCGAAGCUCCGUGUCAAUGUCAUCGGUACCAAAAACAAGCAGGAAUUCCCACUGAGCCCGGAUGCCGUCAGUGUUGACAUUCACGCUUCUCACCUGACACAGUCUAAACCUCACUUCUUGGUGCAUACGAGGACAAAGACCGGCAAUCGUGCCGAAGUUUACCAUGUCAACCUCAAGAACAAUGGCGUAUCAAAGGCUUACGACCUCCCACACCUUCCUGGUCUGGGCGCGGUGUCGACGAGCACGGACGGGGCUAAUGUGUACUUCACCCGGAUCACGGAAGAAGAAAUCAUUCUUGUGGACUCGACUUCUCACGGCAUUCUUGGCAGAUGGGCAUUCCCGCCUGGUCGCGAUGUUCCUGCGCUUCAUGCUACGACCGAAGUUUUGAGAAAGGCCGACGACAAGUACGCUAUUCGCUCCGCCGUUACGACCGCCUCGGAUGAGUGGGUUCUUGUGAGGAAUGGGGAAGUAAUCUGGGCAAGACCAGAAGGCAUGAGUGCUGCUGUUGCUGCUACUUUCGCUGAGAUUCCCGAAGGAGAAGACCUCGCCAAGGCUUUGGAAGAAGAGGCCCAUACAAACCCUCUUGCGGCAUACGUGAGCCGCGUUAAGCGCCACCUCAAUGACCUCGAAUACUUGCCCGAUUACCUGGCUGCUUUGCCGUCUCGUCUUCUUGGUAGUAUUCUGGGUAGCUUGGUUGACUCGCACCCGACGGAGCUUAGCCGAGACUCUUUCGGAUUCAGGAAGCUCAUCAUUCUUGCUACCCGACGAGGUCGAAUUUACGCACUUGAUACGGGCAACCAUGGCAAGGUUCUAUGGUCGAAGAAGGCCGUCGAUCUCCCUAAGGGCCAGACAUGGCAGGUUAGCGGUAUUCUAGUUGAUGAACCGAAGGGACAAGUCCGAAUUUUGGGGUCGCACGGCGACGUCACCGUUGUUCGGCCUGACUCCGGCGAGGUGGUGGACUUUACACCCCCUGAAGCUCAAGCAGUUAUUUCUAAGACGGCGAUUGUCAAUGGUCCCGCUGGGCCUUGGGUACUAACUAUCGGGUCGGGUGGCAACCUUGAGGGUGUAUUGCCGGAAGGCGCGGCGAAUCAGACUAUUGUGCUACGUGGCGACCAUGGUGAGAUUACGGGAGUCAGACUCAGCCACGACGGGUCGGCCGUCAAGCACACGACAUCUUGGGUAUUUAGGCCACCUCUUGGUCAAGAUAUCGUUUCUGCUACUGCCCGACCAUCGCACGACCCAGUUGCGUCCAUCGGCCGUGUCCUCGCGGACCGUAAGGUUCGAUACAAGUAUCUGAACCCGAAUACCCUACUUGUAGCGGCGGUGGACAAGAAGGAGCAUGUCCUCACGACGUAUCUGCUGGAUUCUGUGUCAGGUCAGAUCCUGUCAUCCGCGUCUUACGAGGGCGUUGAUACGUCCAAGCCAAUCGACUGUGUCAUGUCCGAAAACUGGUUCGCCUGCACUUUCUUCGGAGAGUACAAGGUCCGAGAUGGAUCCAACCGAUCUAUCAAGGGAUACCAAAUCUCGAUGACUGACCUGUACGAAUCGGAGGUCUCCAACGAUCGGGGCCCACUGGGCGAUGCUGAGAAAUACUCGCCCCUGGACCCUGUAGGCGUGCCUGCGGACCCGGUGCUGCCUUCAGUUGAGUCCUUGUCCUGGGUGGUGUCUGGACCGAUCGAGAGGCUUUCCGUCACACAAACGCGACAGGGUAUUACGCGUCGCCAACUAUUGGCGUACAUGCCUGAGGCUCACUCGGUCAUUGGCAUCCCUCGGGAGGUGCUCGACCCCAGACGACCAGUUGGUAGGGAUCCUACGAAGGAAGAGCUGGAAGCUGAGGGUCUUGCGCGGUACGCACCCCAGAUUGAGCUGGAUCCUAGGCUCCUCGUUAGUCAUGUCCGUGAUGUAAUCGGCGUGAAGGAGAUCCUGGCCUCGCCCACCAUCGUCGAGAGUACCAGCCUGGUUCUGGCUUAUGGCAUCGACGUCUUUGCUUCGAGGGUGACGCCCAGCCUUAAGUUUGACGUGCUUGGCAAGGAGUUUAACAAGGUGGCUCUUCUUGGUACUGUGGGUGCCCUUGCGCUCGCGGUUAUGGCCCUCAAGCCAAUGGUGAGGAGGAAACAGACGAACCAGAGGUGGGAAGCGCCGUCGUAG